GUCUAACUGUGGGAAAGAGUGGUGCAAGGCCUCUGUUUUAAUCCGUUUUUUCCUGGAAAGAGUGACCAGUAUGGAAGCCGCUAUCUGAAGUGGCGGGACGUGCACUACAGUUCCCAGGAGGCUGUUCGCGGCGGGUGGCUCACGUGACGGGAGCGCGGGCUUUGGAAGGCAGCGAAGCUGCAAACAACCUCGGAAGAGCGGGCUCGGGGGCUGUCCAGAGACCGCUGAGGACGCUAGACCACCCCUAGCUGCUGAGGCCUCGUGCUGUUGAGGCGUGGUGAGAUCUCGCGGAAGCGCCUGUGAGGGCAGCGGGAGCAGCACCAGGAGGCCCGGGGCUUGGGCCUUUCGCGCUGCUCGGAGCUUCUCUCUUCACCGCCAUUGUUCCUGUGUAGUUACCAUGGGAAUUCAAGGCCUUGCCAAGCUAAUUGCUGAUGUGGCCCCCAGUGCCAUCCGGGAGAAUGACAUCAAGAGUUACUUUGGCCGCAAAGUGGCCAUUGACGCCUCCAUGAGCAUUUACCAGUUCCUGAUUGCCGUCCGCCAGGGUGGUGAUGUGCUGCAGAAUGAGGAGGGAGAGACUACCAGCCACCUGAUGGGCAUGUUCUACCGGACCAUCCGCAUGAUGGAGAACGGCAUCAAGCCUGUGUAUGUCUUUGAUGGCAAACCACCACAGCUGAAGUCAGGAGAGCUGGCCAAGCGCAGCGAGAGGCGCGCCGAGGCCGAGAAGCAGCUGCAGCAGGCGCAGGAGGCUGGGAUAGAAGAGGAGGUGGAAAAGUUCACAAAGCGGCUCGUGAAGGUCACCAAGCAACACAACGAUGAGUGCAAACACCUGCUGAGUCUCAUGGGCAUCCCAUACCUCGAUGCCCCCAGUGAGGCGGAGGCCAGCUGCGCUGCCCUGGUGAAGGCUGGCAAAGUCUAUGCCGCAGCCACUGAGGACAUGGACUGCCUCACUUUUGGCAGCCCGGUGCUAAUGCGACACCUGACUGCCAGUGAGGCCAAGAAGCUGCCCAUCCAGGAGUUCCACCUGAGCCGGGUCCUGCAGGAGCUGGGUCUGAACCAGGAGCAGUUUGUGGAUCUGUGCAUCCUGUUGGGUAGCGACUACUGUGAGAGUAUCCGUGGCAUUGGGCCCAAGCGGGCCGUGGACCUCAUCCAGAAGCAUAAGAGCAUUGAGGAGAUCGUGCGGCGGCUGGAUCCCAGCAAGUACCCUGUUCCAGAAAACUGGCUCCACAAGGAAGCCCAGCAACUCUUCCUGGAGCCCGAGGUGCUGGACCCAGAGUCUGUGGAGCUGAAGUGGAGCGAGCCAAAUGAAGAAGAGUUGGUCAAAUUUAUGUGUGGUGAAAAGCAGUUUUCUGAGGAGCGAAUUCGCAGUGGGGUCAAGCGGCUGAGUAAGAGCCGCCAGGGCAGCACCCAGGGCCGCCUAGAUGAUUUCUUCAAGGUGACAGGCUCACUGUCCUCAGCUAAGCGCAAGGAGCCAGAACCCAAGGGGCCUGCUAAGAAGAAAACAAAGACUGGGGGAGCGGGGAAGUUCAAAAGGGGAAAAUAAACAUGUCCUCCCCCACCACUGUCCCUUGACCCCAGGAUAUCUGCUUUGUACCCUCACCGAGAGCACUUUCCCUGGGUUCCUGUCUGGAGGAGAGUCCAGUGCUUCCCAGUGCUGCCCGCUUUCCCUUUCUCAUUUGAUCCUGUGGCAAAAAGGCCACAGUUUGGCUUUUCCUCUUUUCUAGCUCAGGAAAAAUAUCAGGCGCAAACCACUCCUCAGGUUGAUGGGCUCUGUGUCCAUUGUUCUGUGAAACUGACAGCAACAUUCUAAAGCAGACAAAGCUGGGAGAGAGUGUAAGGAGAGUUUCCUGGCUGGCCAGCUGGUGAGGAGUGACUAUAGAACCUGACUGCACUCUCUGCGUUCACUGUGCCCUGAAAGACCAGCUUAGCUGAUGAGAGCUGCGAAGACAGAGCAGAGCGCAGUCUGGCUGGCAACAAAGGGCUUGAUUACUAACUGGCUGUGUUUUGUGGGCAGAAACUUGAACUUGGUGUCUGGUGAGUCUAUAGUAGUUUUUCUGGGGAGUGAAGUGGCAGUGUUUUAGGUUUUGAUUUGUAGUUUUGGUUUGUUCUUGUUCCUCCUCCACUGUCUCCAGUGCUGGGAAUUGA